CUCUUUUGGCCCAAGUAUUAUUUUGUUCGACGGCGACGAAUAGUUAGUGUUAUCACGCCGCCGACCGAGAAGAAGAAACGGAAACAAAAAUGGCAAAAGCUAAGCAGCAAAAAUCAUCUAAGCCUAAGAAACAACCGCGUCAGGUGGAGAAUAAGAAGAAGAAGAAGGAAGGAAAGGAUUGUGAUCUCUCUCAGUUCCGUGCUCAGCUUGACGCCUUGGGGCUUAAGAUCAUCCAAGUCACCGCCGACGGUAAUUGCUUCUUCAGGUCACUUGCAGAUCAGUUAGAAGGCAACGAGGAUGAACACAGCAAGUAUCGAAGCAUGGUUGUACAGUACAUAGUGAAGAAUCGUGAAAUGUUUGAGCCUUUUAUUGAAGACGAUGUUCCUUUUGAGGAUUACUGUAAAACAAUGGACGAUGAUGGGACUUGGGCUGGGAACAUGGAGUUACAAGCAGCGUCUCUUGUCACUCGUAGUAACAUAUGUAUCCACAGGAGUAUGUCACCUCGUUGGUAUAUACGCAACUUUGAUGAUGCAAGAACCCGCAUGAUCCAUCUGUCUUACCACGAUGGGGAACAUUAUAAUAGUGUGCGUUCCAAGGAAGAUGCUUGUGGAGGACCAGCUAGGCCUGUUGUGAUAGAGGCUGAUGCUAAAGUGUCAGCAGCAUCUAAACAAGCGAAAGCCACGGAGAGCAAGUCGAAAACCAGAAGUGAUAAGUGUGAUGUGGAUGCUGGGGAUGUUAAAGUAGUCAUGUCUGGUAGUUGUUGUGACAAUGCUGAGAAAGCUGAACAGGUUCUAGUACAAGUAAACGGUGAUGUGGAUGCUGCGAUAGAGUUUUUGAUAGCAGAGCAAGGAAUUGAGUCUUUGACUGAAAAUGCAGCAGAGAUCACUAAUGGGAAGGAAGCGAGUGACAGUACAAUGGAAAGCAAUGAGGCUACCAAUGAGGAGGAGUCAUCUAGCUGCAGUAACAUAGAGACAGUCCUUGCCAAGUGCAGCUUACAGAACGAUGAGAAGAUCCCAAGGAAUAAAGCAUGUCCAUGUGGUUCUAAGAAGAAAUACAAGUCCUGCUGCGGAACAGCAACUGGGAGAUCCUCUGUUAAACUGUUAGUGAGCCAAACAGUGGAGUCAAAGAAGGGGAGAAAGAAUCUAAGGAGAGGAACACCGAAUGAAGUUGAAACAAAUGCGCCAGAUGUGGGUGCUCUUUGUAUAUAAUGAAGUCUCACUCUCACACACAUACACAGGUAUAAAGGGGGAAAGAAGAUGGUCUUCUAAGGAUGGAUUGAAUAUUUGACAUAACAGCUUUGCUCAGAGGUAUGGGUUUAUUUAUGAAUUUUUGAUUCUGAGGUUGAUUUUACUCUCGGUUUAGCUUUUGUUGUAUGAUUAAAUUACCGAAAGAUUAAAAACUCUUGCAGAACAUAUAUGCAUACAUAAACACAGAGCCUAGAAGAUAGCUAUUGAAAUAACCCAAUUUCUAUAAGAAUUUUUUACUCUCUAAGACACUUUUUGUCUUUCAUAUUACAUAUUAAAACACUUGUUGCUGGAGGCACACUUCUUCCUUGUGCAAUGUCCUACAUACCCUCUAACUAACUACACUCUCUUCUAACUCUAACUCAUCUCACUUUUCCAAAUCCCAACUAUAAGAAUUUUUUGUUUUUUGUUUUAAAAAUAAUUUGAUAAACCAAACAUUUUUUGAGUUUUCGAAAUGGAACAUUUAUUCUAAAACAGAACCUUUAUUCUCUCUCCAUCUUUAUUUCUUUAGAAAUUCAGAUUCACUUUCUUAAUUUCCUAACCUCUUCUCCUUCAUCUUCAAUUUCAUAAUCUCCAUGAUUCUAGAGGUUUCGCCGCAAAUUUGAUUUCUCUCCUAGCCCUAAUUCCUCUCUCAUCACCUUUAUCCCUACUGUAAACGAUAUCAGAGGUUACAGUGUGUGAGAUUUUGAUGGAGAAGACACAUGACUCCUCGCCUCUUAGGUUAUACCAGAACUUACAGUGUGUGAAUUUUUGAUGGAGAAGCUUUGGGAGAUGGACGUGGACAAGAGCCAAAUCCGAUUAGAAAAUUUUUCAUCACCGAUGAAACCUGCAGCGGAGGAUACAUGGCGGAGGAGACAUGAAAUCAGCGGUGGAAAAAACAUGAAAUCUACGGUAGAGGAGACAAAGGCUUAGAGAUUUGACCGCAGAUUGAAGUCGUUAAACGAAGUUGUUUGUCUCUGCAGUGAUUUGAUGGGAUCUUGCUGGGACCAGGCCGUCAAUCUGGAAAAAUCUUUGAUGAUUCAAGUAAUUGAUGCAAAUGGCUUGUGGGUAUUAUUGUAUUAGGCAUGCGUCAACAACAGCUUUUGAAAUUGCACCAGACGUUGUCAUCAUGAGCAAAAAAAAUUGUUUUGAUUCUUAAUUCGUGAAGAUCAAUAAACUUUGAUGUGGGUUCAUUCGUUUGAGAGAAAGCAAAAUGAGUUUUUGCAACUGUGGUGCCUGAAUUUUUGGUUAUUCAAGCUUUCAUCCCAAGAUUCUUAAAAUAUGCAGAAAGGUUCUUUUGAUUUAGCCACAAACUUUUAUUAGUGCACUUUAGACCCUAUUCAACUCAAAUAAACUUAUAUAUAUAUAUAUAUUGCACCCUAAGAUAUGUAUCUACAAACAACCAUCCCCAUUUCAGUUACUCACAUGAACAUCUCUUUGUCCACAAUAUCAAUUCUCCCAUCCACAGUUUUUUUAUCCACACUUAUUUUGUCCACGUACACGAAAUACAUGGACAAUAAAUUAUAAUUUGAAAAUUUUAGUUAAACAUUAAAGUAUAAAAUAUAUGGAUAUGGAUAUCAAAAUAAUAAGAAAAAAAUAAAUAAAUUUUUAUAUGGAUAUUAUAUAUUUAUUUAUAUAUUAGAAAUUGAAAUAAUAAUGAAUUAAACAUGAUAGGGUAAAAAAAAGUACAAAUUGCAUUAGCCCUAUGAUCUUCUUUUGCUUCCAUAUCCAACGGCAGAUAAGAAUCUCUUCUUUUAUAAACGUACUAACUAAAGUCUUGAAAUAGCAAUAGUCUUCCACCGUUGGAUUUCUUAAUCUAUUUCACAUCCAAUGGGUGUAAAUUGUUCAUUUUAUUUAUUAACCUACUUUCAUAACUCCAUCAAAAAAAGUCAACUAAAUUUGGUCCCCACUAACUAAAUAGAAAAAAGACACAAUUACUUUUUUGAAUCAGAUUUUCCAGCGAAGGGCAGUUUUGUCCAGAUUUUACCAAAACAUAAUAGAAAGUGUCCUUCCAGCAACAUGUGUCUAAACAUGUCGAAAAAGUGAAAAAAGUGUCUUAAAUGGUAAUGCACUCUUUCUAUAAAGUUUAUUUGUUUACUUUUUGUGAACUGAAAGCAGUACUCUUUCUGAUUUUGGUCGCUUUCUAAUUUCAAUCAUGUUUUAUAAUAACAAUUAAUAUAUAACAAACAUAAAUAAUAGACGUACUAAUACAAACCAUGCGAGAAAUGUCAAUGUAUUUUUCCCCCAAGAAGCGUUGGCAUAACUAAGACUCCUAGCACGAUCUGAAUAGGAAGUAUGAAAAGAAAAUGAAAAAUACAAUACAAAUACAUAUACGAUAAUACAUACUAAUACGACAUACUUUUCAUUGGCCCCUGAAUAUUUAUAUGAAUAUGACGUAUGGUUAAGGAAAAUUUCAAAACUCCGAUAUAUACAAGAUAAAGCAAAUUUGUUUAAAACAUACUAUAUCUCAAAAAUAAAGCAGCAAUGAUAAUUAGUUAUAAUAAUAUAACUUGAAAAAGACAGCAUAAAAAAUCUAAAUGGUGCCCACAGAACAAAGAGAAAUGGCGCAGAAGACAAAAGACAAAACACACCCAAGUCCCCGUCGACCCAAAAUCUUAUCCAUAUAUGCAUCGCGUAUGUAUAUAAAUGACUAUAAAUUAACAGAAACAAAAAAUCUGGACGUAAUUAAUAGAGAUAGAGUAUGUCAAGUUGCUUUUAUAUGAUAAGCAUGUAGGUCACACUUUGUCCCGUUUUUCUCAAAAAUAACACAAGUUGAAAACAAGACUUGGGAUUAAAAAGAAAACGCUCUCGACAAAACCUAAAGAACCAAGAGCCGCCGUAUCUUAGUCUUCUGCUCCGACGGUCGGUGCUUCUCACCGCCGUCGGGAGCGGCCAUGUCUCUCCCUUCUAAAUAGGUCUCUGUCUUUAAUUUCGGUAACUUGUCACCUUUUUGGGUUUAGUUUCAGAUCGGGGUUUAUGGAUGGAUCUGAUGAUUCUGGUGUUACUCGGAUGGAGGUCUGAGGCGUGUUGGACGUGUCGGCUUAGAUCUGGUUCUCUUGAUGUUGCAGCUUUGGUGUCUCAACAGAGAGAGCUCUUCAGUUCUGUUCCGUCGUCCCUCCAUCAGCUGUGUGUAUCUCCAGGCAAGGAGUUGAAUCAUGCUUGUCUAUCAUGGUUUUUGAGCUGGUCUUAGUUGGUCUUUGAUUUAGCAACGGUGUAGCAGUAACGUGGUGGUGUGUAGUGAGCAGCAGUUGGUGGUUAUGGUCCUUGAGAAAUAGGUUGUUUUCAGAACACCUAUUUGUCUCUCAGGUUCAGCGGGGGCUGUCUCCUGCCUUGAAAAUAGUGUUUCUCCUGGUCUUCCUUUGGUCUUUGUCUUCCUCAUGGCUUUGUUUGCUUGAAGCAUGGAGGUGGAGACAUGGAGGCUUCCAGCUUAUGGUGCGGUUGAGUUAAGCGCUCUGGUGGGUGUUUGUUUCAUCCUGGUUGUUGUCUUGAGGUUGUCGAAGAGGUUGGUUGUUGUCAUCGUGAAUAUGAGGUUCAGAUGAGGUUUCUGCUCAAAUUGUCACAUGUAUUGUUCGUUGCAAGAAUUCCGGCUGGUUAUAGGCUAUUAAGUCUCUGUUCUUUAAUUUAUGAUAGAUUGUCUUUGGGUUUCUCACAAGGAGUAUAGGUAUUAAGUUUAAGUUCCAGAUGUUGGUAUGCAGCCCGGUUGUUUGGGUUCUUGUUCCCCUUCUUGGGUUUAGUCUCCGGGGAUGUUUCUAUGUUCCGCCGGCUUUGUAUUCGACUCUUGUAUCCUUCAAUGUUAUUAAUAAAACCAGAUGGAAAAAAAAAAAAAAAAAAAAAAAAAAAA